AUGUGGACUACAAAGACAUUUUUAACUAAAACUAAACGCGGUAACAUCUUAAAAAUUGUGAGGGAACAUUAUUUGAGAGAUGACUUGCUCUGUGGCUCAUCUGCUUGCAACAGUUGUCCUCAUAAAGAUGAUGAACUGGUAUUGGAUAUAAAGCCUCAUUCUAUCUGCGCCUUAUUUGAUUACGACCAUUACUUGGUUUUGGAUACCAAUGUUGUUUUACAUCAAAUUGAUGUUUUAGAAGAGGAUGCUUUGACCAAUGUUAUUAUUUUGCAAACGGUUCUUGAAGAAGUGAAGCAUCAAAACACUGCAAUUUUCCAACGUCUAUUAGAAAUCAUAGGGAAGAAGAAUAGAAAGUUUUACUCCUUUGUUAAUGAACAUCAUAAAGACACAUAUGUUGAAAGGAAUCCAGGUGAAAAGCCAAAUGACAGGAAUGAUCGAGCCAUACGUAGAGCUGCUUCAUGGUAUGCUUCCCAUCUGAGUAUUAACAGCUUGGAUGGAAAAUUCCCACAGAUUGUGUUGCUCACUGAUGAUGAAAAAAACCGGGAACUUGCACAGGAGGAGGGGAUUGUUUGCUGCUCAGUCAAGGAUUAUAUAGAAAAUGUGAAUGGCUUUGUUGGUCUUGUGGAUAAAUUGUCAAAGAAUGUCAUUCCGGAAAGUUGCUCAAAGGAUGCAUUGUAUCCAGCGCAUUUGACCCCAACCCAGAUUCACGUCGGUAUUAGGAAUGGAAAAUUAUAUCAGGGAACGUUCCAUGCAUCCCGAGACAAUUUUUUGGAAGGCUCAUGCACUGUUAGCGCCUUAGAGAAACCGAUACUACUUCAAGGCCAUAUUGGCAUUAACAGGGCAGUCGAUGGUGAUAUUGUUGCCAUAGAGCUUUUCCCCAGAGAAGAAUGGAGAAAGCCGAGCGAUAUUGUACUGGAGGAUAAAGCUGAUGAUCCCGGUGACCUUCUGGAGGAAGAAGUAGAACUGCUGUCAACCGCGAAGGCGGACACCAGCGAUGACGAAAUCACCCCCACAGGGAAAGUGGUCGGCAUAAUUAGAAGGAAAUGGCGACAAUACUGCGGUAUAUUAAAACCGAGCAAGUUUCCUGGUGCAACUCGGCACCUGUUCACGCCUGCCGAAAGAAAAAUUCCUCAUGUACGGAUUGAGACACGUCAAAGCGACGUGCUGGCUUCUCAAAGGAUUCUCGUGGCGCUCGAUUCCUGGCCCAGGAACAGUCGAUACCCUCUCGGGCAUUUCGUUCGCUCCCUGGGUCCAAUUGGUGAUAAGGCAGCGGAAAACGAGGUUAUUUUACUGGAGCACGACAUUCCCCAUGCCCGCUUCAGCGAGGCCGUGCUGGCCUGCCUGCCGCCCGAUGACUGGACCAUACCUGAGGAGGAGAUCAGGAGGCGCGUGGACCUGCGCCCCCUGUGCGUGUGCUCCGUGGACCCGCCCGGCUGCACGGACAUCGACGACGCGCUGCACGCGCGCCCCCUGGGCGGCGGCCGCUGCGAGGUGGGCGUGCACAUCGCGGACGUGACGCACUUCGUGAGGCCCGGCACGGCGCUCGACGCGGAGGCCGCCUCGCGCUCCACCACCGUCUACCUGGUCGACAAGAGGAUCGACAUGGUGCCAGAACUGCUCAGUUCAAAUUUGUGCUCGCUCCGCGGCGGCGAGGAGCGGUUGGCUUUUUCCUGCGUAUGGGAAAUGGACGAAAACGCUAACGUCUUAUCCACCAAGUUCCACAAAAGUGUUAUUAAGUCUCGUUCAGCGAUGACGUACGAAGAGGCGCAGUUGAUAAUCGACGACCGUUCCCGUGACGACGAGAUAGCAAACUCCCUCCGACUGCUGAACAAGCUCGCGAAAAAGCUCAAACAGAAGCGCCUUGACAAUGGCGCGCUGUUGUUAGCUUCGCCCGAGAUUCGAUUCCAAGUGGACUCGGAGACGCACGAGCCGGUGGAGGUGCAGGCGAAGAAGAUGCUCGAGACCAACUCGAUGGUGGAGGAGUUCAUGCUGCUGGGCAACGUGAGCGUGGCGCAGCGGCUGGCGGCGGAGUUCCCGCGCUGCGCCCUGCUGCGGCGCCACCCCCCGCCCCCGCCAGCCCACCUGCACCAAUUCCUCAAGGCCGCCGCGCAGCAGGGCUUCGAGUUGGACGUGUCGACGAACAAGGCGUUCUCUAAAUCCCUGGACCUGGCGGUGAUGCCCGAGCGGCCGUUCUUCAAUACGCUGCUCCGCAUCAUGGCGACCCGCUGCAUGCAGCAGGCGGUCUACUUCUCCAGCGGCACCCUCACUCAGGAGGAGUUCUACCACUACGGGCUCGCCUGCCCCAUCUACACGCAUUUCACGUCGCCCAUUCGUCGGUACGCGGACGUGAUGGUGCACCGGCUGCUCGCGGCGAGCGUCGGUGCGGACACGACGCACCCCUCGCUGCUGGACGUGUCGCACGCGCUGCGCCGCUGCGAGAACCUCAACUACCGCCACCGGCAGGCGCAGCACGCCGGCCGCGCCUCCGUCGCGCUCAACACGCACAUUUUGUUCAAGAAUCGUGUCGAAAUCGAAUCGGCAGUCGUGUUGGCGGUGAAACGGAACGCACUCCAAGUGCUCAUACCGAAGUACGGGCUGGAGGGCCCGCUCUACUUGCCCUCGGAUAAGUUUAAAUACAAUGAAGAGGAACAUUUUCAAGUGUGCGACGAUAUCGUGUUAAAGACGUUCGACGAGCUCACUAUUCGUCUCACGCUGGACAGUACCAACUUGCAGCACAGGAAGCUUGUGUUCCAGUUGGUGAAGCCGUUCAUACCGGGCUUCAGUGUCGCUCCAGAUGAUGAGAACACGAAAAUGGACGUGGAAGAGUGCGUUGUAGAUAAAGCUAAAGUAGAUAUUAAGGGAAAGGACGCGAGUAGUAAACCACAGAAGAAACGAAAAGACCCCACUGAUGGUAAAAAUAAAAAAAAGCCCAAGAAA